AAUUUGGGAUGGCAGCCUCAGAAGGACAAACUUAGGCCAAGGUGGGAGGGAGUUGGGGUGGAAAUCGAGCUUCUCCAGUUGGAGGUGUGGAGCUAGGACCCUUCGUUGAAAUUGGUGAGAAGGAAAAGGAGAGAGUGAGGCUGACUUUUUAACUGAACUCCAAAGUUCUCAGCAAUAGAAUGGGCCUAAUAUGUACCAGGCUCGCUUCCGGCGUCAUGGCUCAAAGGGCCUUCCCGAAUCCUUAUGCUGAUUAUAACAAAUCCCUGGCCGAGGGCUACUUUGACGCUGCCGGGAGGCUGACUCCUGAGUUCUCACAACGCUUGACCAAUAAGAUUCGGGAGCUUCUUCAGCAAAUGGAGAGAGGCCUGAAAUCAGCAGACCCUCGGGAUGGCACCGGUUACACUGGCUGGGCAGGUAUUGCUGUGCUUUACUUACAUCUUUAUGAUGUAUUUGGGGACCCUGCCUACCUACAGUUAGCACAUGGCUAUGUCAAGCAAAGUCUGAACUGCUUAACCAAGCGUUCCAUCACCUUCCUCUGCGGGGAUGCAGGCCCCCUGGCAGUGGCUGCUGUGCUGUAUCACAAGAUGAACAAUGAGAAGCAGGCAGAAGAUUGCAUCACACGGCUAAUUCACCUAAAUAAGAUUGAUCCUCAUGCUCCAAAUGAAAUGCUGUAUGGGCGAAUAGGCUACAUCUAUGCUCUUCUUUUUGUCAAUAAGAAUUUUGGAGUGGAAAAGAUUCCUCAAAGCCAUAUUCAGCAGAUUUGUGAAACAAUUUUAACCUCUGGAGAAAACCUAGCUAGGAAGAGAAACUUCACGGCAAAGUCUCCACUGAUGUAUGAAUGGUACCAGGAAUAUUAUGUAGGGGCUGCUCAUGGCCUGGCUGGAAUUUAUUACUACCUGAUGCAGCCCAGCCUUCAAGUGAGCCAAGGGAAGUUACAUAGUUUGGUCAAGCCCAGUGUAGACUACGUCUGCCAGCUGAAGUUCCCUUCUGGCAAUUACCCUCCGUGUAUAGGUGAUAAUCGAGAUCUGCUUGUCCAUUGGUGCCAUGGCGCCCCUGGGGUCAUCUACAUGCUCAUCCAGGCCUAUAAGGUAUUCAGAGAGGAAAAGUAUCUCUGUGAUGCCUAUCAGUGUGCUGAUGUGAUCUGGCAAUAUGGGUUGCUGAAGAAGGGAUAUGGGCUGUGCCACGGUGCUGCAGGGAAUGCCUAUGCCUUCCUGACACUCUACAACCUCACGCAGGAUAUGAAGUACCUGUAUAGGGCCUGUAAGUUUGCUGAAUGGUGCUUAGAGUAUGGAGAACAUGGAUGCAGAACACCAGACACCCCUUUCUCUCUCUUUGAAGGAAUGGCUGGAACAAUAUAUUUCCUGGCUGACCUGCUAGUCCCCACAAAAGCCAGGUUCCCUGCAUUUGAACUCUGAAAGGAAAGCAUGCCACCUGUAACUCACUGCAUGACCCUUUCUGUAUAUUCAAACCCAAGCUAAGUGCUUUCGUUGCUUUCCAAGGAAACAAAGAGUCAAACUGUGGACUUGAUUUUGUUAGCUUUUUUCAGAAUUUGUCUUUCAUUCGGUUCAUUUCCAUUAUCAUUUACUUUUGCUUAAAAGUAUCCAAGGAAGUCUUUUAACUUUAAUUUCCAUUUCUUCCUAAAGGGAGAGUGAGUGAUAUGUACAGUGUUUUGAGAUUGUAUACAUAUGUUCCAGAACUUGGAGGAAAUCUUAUUUAAGUUUAUGAAUAUAACCAUCUGUUACUGUUCUAAAAAUGUUUAAAAGAAACUCAAUAUAGAUAAAAAUAAAUAUGUGACUAUUAUUGGGUAUUGCACUUCACUUUUCUUUAAUAUUUUUCCUCCAAUUGGAGGGCAAACAAUUUUAUGACUUGCUUUUCUCUAGGUGUUUCAUUUUGAAAGGGACAAAAAUAUAACUAAAUGCUUCCAGGAGAAAAAUUCCAAGAAUUGCAAUCUGGACUUGGGACCUAAAUAUCAUUUUUAAAAUUCUUGAUGCCUAUUUAGACUAGAAGUAAACAUACUUUCAGAUUUGCCUGUUUUUGUCAGCAAGGCAUACAGGCUUCAGAAGCCAACAUUUUUAAUCAAAAACGUAUAAAACGUGAUGAUCAUUGUGAAAAUUCUGAGUUGAAGGUUAGUUCAAGACAAGCUAACAAUAACAGUUUGUGUUUUUUCUAAAAUAAUCUGGGUUUUUUGGAACUAUUUCAGUAUUCAUUUAAGAUCAGGAAGCUAAUUUUCUAUGUAUGAGUAUGCUUUGACCUAGGAUUUCAGCCCACUCUGACUGACUUUCUAAACUUUGAGUUUUUUACAGUGACUAUGCAUUAGUGCUGACUCUUUGGUAUAAGCCAUAAAAUAUUUUCCUUCUUAUCAAUUUAUCUGAACUUUGAUCUUUUCACUAAAUAGUACAGUAUUCUACUUCGGUUUAAAAAGGGGGGAUGAGAAAGGGAAUACUAUGUAACCAAUAACUUGAACAAAAACACUAAGCUUUUAAUACAAAUGCUUUUUGUUGAGGAGGUAUUAUCCAGAGUUCAUGCUUAGAACAAAUGCAUCUUUGUGUAUCCUAGGCUUAAUAAUUCAUGAGUUUCUGAGACCACAGAAUCAGGUUUUCUGUAGUAGAUAAAGACUCCCUGGUGCUUCAAAUCCCGUACAAAUGUUUUGACUCAGCAGCUUUUACUCCUCCUCCUUCCAAUACUGCCUUUGCCUGGCUUGUUUUGUCUCUUUGCAACUGAUUUUGCAAAAGGAGAUUUUGCAACUGAUUUUGCAAAAAAAAUUGUAGCUUUAAAAUAACAGGGUCUAAGUAUUUUAAAUGUGCCUAUUUCACAGCUCUCUUGGUGACAAAAACAUGCUAUUUUUAUUGGAACUUCAAACCAAAUCCCUACUGAGUGUGUGCUGGUUCCUGCAGGUAGCAGUCUCCUAUUAUCUCCUGUUUAGCACCAAAAGAGCUAGUAUUAUUGGAUAUCGACCCUUUAAAGGCCACUGGCAGUAGGAUUUAAAAAGCAGCCCACUGCUCAAUUUCAAGAUCAGCUUCCUCCUUCUUGACUUGUGUAAGUCGGCACUACCUUGUGCCUCUCAGAUUGCUGAAGUGCUACUGGUAAGCGUGUGCAUGCUCUGCCUUUCUUGUGACACGAGCUUUCAGUCAGCAAUAUCAGCACUUACAGUAAGAAGUAAAAGUAGUGCACAGCAAAGCUAAUUUGCCUUUGUCUGUGGUGUUCAACCUGAAAGAAUAAAGCUCAUUUGGUUUAGUUAAAUGUCUUACUCUACUGUGCCUAUGCUUUUAGCUACGUUACUAAGCAAGGGAAAGGAACACUUUCUUUGAGCCAAAGGAGACUUGACUUGAUCACAGUUCUCCAAGUAUCGUGAUAGCAAUACUUAACCCCAGGAAGAUUUCAAGGCAGGGAGAAGAACAUUUCAAUUAAGAUUCUUGUUAACCCAUUUAUGCCUAGUGUUCCAUUAUUGGAACACUAAGCUUGUGGGAGUCAUUUACAUCCUACUGCUCAAAGUCAUUGCCAAGGUCUGAUUUUUCACACAAAAAAUUGCAACCCCCAGCAUAAAUGGGUUAGGUACAGUCAUCUGCUAGCAAAUUCAUCCACACAAACACAAUUCAAGUUUGUUUUAAGCUUUUGAAAACUUAUUAAACUGGCACAAUUUUAUAUGUAUGCUAUUUGUUGUAUUUAUGCUUAAGAGCAAAAAAGUUUUGAUGGGAUUUUAAACUCAGGCAAAGCCUACAACGCUGAGACAAUCCCCUAACAUGGUAGUAACUAAAACUUUUAUACUAGGCUUCUUAGUUUUAAAAGGUAGUGGCAUCAUUGUUUCAGUUCUAGUUCUGUUAUAUUUUUCUCUUGGAUAUUUUUCUUCUUGGUAAAAAUCCUUCCCAGAAGUUGCUUCCUAGAAAACUCAAUACCAUCUCUUAUCUCUGUACAGGGACUAGGUAAUAACCAAGCAGUGUUCAUUUAUCCCAUCACAUGUUUCUGUUUCUAUAGUAAUUUAGAAAUUGCAAAUAGUUAACUUUUCAUCUUGCAAAAAAUGUUAACAUUAUCCUGGCUAUUUCCAUAGAUGCCAUGGACUAUUAUUAUUACUAUCCUGACUAUUUCCAUAGAUAACUAUGGACUAUAGUGUGGCCUGAGUUGUCAGUCUUUAAUCCUGAUUCAUGUGGCUCUCUUUUUAUCGUUCAUGUCAGUUCCAAUUAUUUGAUAUCAAAAACCUUCAUGGUAGGUAGAGUUUUAGGUAAAAGUGGAUCUAGGGUUACUUUCUUUAUUAACAUUUCCUAAAUAACUGAAUUGAGAGACAUACUCUGCUACUAUGUCGUCAGGUUAAUUUUUGUCUGAUCUUAUGAUGGUCCUGCCUUUUACUAGCUACUUUAGAAAUAGAAAAUGUGAAGAGUGACUAUUUACGCAUCUACUCCUUUGGCUACUAGAACUCAUCUAUAGUCCUUUAUUAUUUACACUGAAUUACACUGAAUUCAUUUCUGCUUCCGCUAAAUAAGAGCACCUCAUUCCUGUGUUUUCUGUACUGUUGAGCUGUAGAUGAACUGUUUCUCUAAUUAUAAAGCAAACUGUUUGGGAUAUUCAGGGAAACUGCCCAAAUGUUAUAUUGUCAUUUAAUGGGAAAGGCUGGGAUCAUAUGUAUUUUUAUGUUCUGUAAAGGAUUUGACUUACUGGUUCUCAAUAAAAUUUUAUUAGGACUAUA